AUGUUCGGGCACGCCCUCCGCAAAGCAUCAACAGCAACCGGCCGCCACCCACGAUUCCUCAGCCUCGAAAUGAACCCCAAGUUCGCCGCCGUUUCGAAAGCCCUAGUCUCCAUCGCAGGGUUAGACGACAUCGUCAAGAUCAGGGUAGGGCCAUGUCGCGCGUCUCUGCACUCUCUUGCCAAGGGAGGCAAGCAUAGUGGUUCUUCUGAGCAGCAGCAGCCCUGGGAUAUGUUGUUCCUGGAUCACUCUAAGAUCUCGUAUUUGAAUGAUUUGAAGCUGUGUGAGGAGUUGGGGCUUGUGGCGCCUGGGUCUACGGUUAUCGCGGAUGAUAUGAAGAGGCCUGGGAAUCCGUGGUAUUCGGAGUAUGUGAGGGCUUCGCCGGGGAAGAAGGCUGAGGACUGUUUGCCUUUUAAGGGGUGUCUUUCGGAUGGGGGAAUUUCGUUGGGGAACCCGGGUUUGGUGUAUGAGACGAUGUUGGUGGAGGGGUUGGAACCCACGGGGCUUAUGGAUGCGGUUGAGGUGUCAAAGUGUGUGGGUCUGGUAGAAGUCCAGUAG